GACGCACCGUAACGAAUACACCAUAUAUAAAAUGUUUGACCAUAUAGCCUUCUCUUUCUCAUUUCCUCUCGAAAUCGAAACCCUAAUUUCUUCCUUGCAGUGCCGAAAAUGGGGAUUGAUCUCGUUGCAGGGGGCAAGAGCAAGAAGACAAAGCGAACGGCACCGAAGUCCGACGAUAUCUAUCUCAAGCUUCUCGUCAAGCUGUACAGGUUUUUGGUUCGGAGGACUGGCAGUAAGUUUAAUGCUGUCAUAUUGAAGAGAUUGUUCAUGAGCAGGGUGAACAAGCCACCAAUAUCAUUGUCUAGGUUGAUUAAGUUCAUGAAAGGAAAGGAAGAUAAGAUUGCUGUGGUUGUUGGUGCCGUUACUGAUGAUACACGAGUUUAUGAAUUACCUGCUUUGAAGGUGACUGCCUUGAGGUUUACAGAGACAGCCAGGGCUAGAAUUCUUAAAGCUGGAGGUGAAUGUUUGACCUUUGAUCAACUUGCUCUCAGAGCACCACUUGGGCAGAACACAGUUCUUCUUAGGGGACCCAAGAAUGCAAGAGAGGCAGUGAAGCAUUUUGGCAAGGCUCCUGGUGUGCCUCAUAGUCACACCAAACCAUAUGUCCGCUCAAAGGGUCGGAAAUUUGAGAGAGCUAGGGGACGGAGAAACAGCCGAGGCUUCAGCAAUUGAGGAUGAUACUUGGUUUUCCAUUCAAGAUAACUUGUUUUGGGCAUCAUAAUUUUUUGUUCUGGGAUGUCUUUGAUUAGUUUUGGUUUGGCUUGCAAAAGCCCCAUGUAAAAUCUUCGAAGUGGGGGUUGGUUCUUCGUUCUUGAUGAUGGCUGAAUGCACAUUUUGUGUUUCACUUCAACAAAUAGUAACACUGUUUAGGAUAAUGAUGCGCUGCUGGCUUCUGAGUAAUAUAUGUUUUGUCAUGUACUUGCUAUUAUGUUGGGCAAAUUAUUGAUCCCUCCACGUCACAAUUUUUUAUGCUAUUAAUGAAAUCUCGAUUUUACGCCUUUA